AUGGCCGCCGUUUUACGGUCGGAAAAGCCGUGGGUCCGUAGGAAGGGGUGGGAGCCAGCUGACGACGUCCGAUCGAUGCAGCCUCGACGUCUGGCUGUCUCUCGCGCAGAGCACACCACGCCUCCGGGGCUCCACUGGUUGGUCUGGCAAGGAAGCAGUCGGACCGUUUUCAGGCCUCGUCUCCGCCGCCAUGACCUGCCGAUUCUCUUUUUUCCUGCUUUUUUUCCGCUGCUUCGGGUUCUCCUGGUCACUUCCGACUACAUUUCAGGUGAGGUUUUUAAUAUUCUCAGUACAAGUCUACCCUCUAUGCUUCGACCUCUUUUCUCUUCAAAAGGUCAGCCUCGGCUCUCUCAAAUUAGAACUUUUGUUAGGCUUCUCGAAGGUGUGCAUUCAAAAUAUCAUUCCCCUUAUCAACUCCAUUCAAUUCAAAAAUUACCAAGUUGUAACAGAAACAAGCAGAGAUUACGGUAUCAAUUCAUUCUUCAAACUUGGCUCUUGCUCAUUUCGGAAUUUGUCGUUAGAGUUUUACGUGUGAAAAUGGGCUUAUUGAUGUAUCCAUGCCGCACAAACAAACGAAGAACGAAUGUAGGCAAUUCUUAUAGAGACUAAGUUGAAUCUUAAGGCGCUCUCAAAAACACCUAUAAGGUUAUUCUGCUUCUCUGCCUCUUCAUUUUUUUUCUCAAGAUAAAAAUGUCCGUUCAUACGUAGAUGUGAGCCAUCUACUAGUUGUGUCUCUGACAUUUUUGUGAUGAGGAAGUUCCGCAAAGCUUGAAUUUUGCCCUGAAUUGGUUAAAGUAGAACCGCAAUUCGAUUUCGGGAUAGACUUUUUUUUCGUCGAAAUUAAUAAUUUAGAAGCCUUCUCGCCUUUCUUGCAUUUUGCGAGAGAAUUUUGGUUCAAGUUUUCUAAAUCCGAGGUUUGAAUGAAAUGCAAAUUAAUUCACAAAUUCUUCAAAGCGCGAAACGAAAAAAUUAGACUUUGAAAUAAGUUUUAGAAAAGCUGAGAUUAAGCCAUCGUGACUUGAUGGAAUGCAAGACUCUCACGAAAAGUGGGCAAUGCCCAAAUCGAACUUUUUAGAUGAGCAGAGAAAAUUGUUGGGUAGUAUUUUUGGCUUUUUGGCUUUUUCGCUCGAACCGCGAAGGAACCUGCUAAUCUGGAUCAAGAGACGUAUUUUAAUCCAAUUGAACCAUUAAGGACAUGAGUAUAUUUCAACGGGCUCCGAUCGUCACACAGACGGCAUUUUAGUAUUAAAGUCGAACAUUUGCGGGCCAGCUGCGUUAUUAACCCAUUUAUGGACACUGGCGCGCCAUAAUUAUUUUUGGGCGUGAAAGGUUUCUUUCCCUUUUUUUUCGGCUAUCGCUCGAUAUUUCUGCACCAACAAAAAUAUUAGUUAUUUCUCAUGAAUCAUAUGCAACUGCUCUUAGAAAAAAACUUUGAGAACUAUUGGUUUAAUAUUGUUUUUCAGAAAUUUUCUGCAACUUUUGAUUUUUGCAUACUUAAUAAUUUUUUUGAUGCCAAUUUAGUUCGAGUUAUUUUUUUAUUUGGUUAUUUUUUUCAGAACUAGUUUGUUUUUUUCAUUAAUUCAUACGAAAAAAAUUUGUUAGAGAAAAGAUGUUGUAGCUAAUAAAAAAUAACGAAUUAUUCGUGGGAACAACUUGUGGGAAAUGAAUGAUAAGACGUCUGGAAUAACCUGGGCCAACUCCAGGUGAAGCUCUCGUGUCCUGAAGUCUCGGUGAGCGGCAUCUUCACCUCCAACACAGCCGCCAUCCCGACCUCCUCCUUCGAGUUCCUCGGCGACAUCUGCACUCAUGGUCCGUCUUCCCUUUCCUUCCCCUAACCCAUUUGACCUCAGUAAGGGAAGAAAAAGUUUGGAUUUCUACUUACAAUAUUUCCCUUUUUGAGAUCCUCGCUAUUGGGUUUUACAAGGACCUUUCAAGUGAUUUCUUUCCGCCUUUCCAUUUUUUGAAAGCUUUUUUUCCCAAAAGUAUCUUGCGAAGGAGCAGAUGUCAUUUUGAAGUUCAAAACGUGGAUUUGAAUAUGGGGAAUGAAAGCGUAUUAAUUUUUUUUAGGAUUUCAAAAUAUUUAUUCAACAAGGCUUGGAAAUUUUUGCAUAUAAAAAAAAGACUUUUCGUUUUCUAAGACUUACCAAUUAAAAUUUAUGGUUCAUAAAAUUUAUUGAAAAUUAUUAUUAGUUCCAAAUAUCGUAAUGAAACUACUCGAAAGUCAUUAUCUCUAGUGUUUUCAUUGUGGAUAGAUUAACAACGUGAGAAAUCUCAUUUCCGCCGCGAAAACGUGAAGCCCUUCAACACCAAACAGAGCCUGAAAAAAAAAUUGUAAAAACGCAAGUCGCUAUGGAGACAAAAUGGCAGGAAACAGGGAUUUCUCUUGUUUGCCGUCUUCAAUACGUUUACAUCCGGGAAGCACUACAGAAGUGAUUUUUGGUGAGAAGAGAAUCGGCUGUUUUGAAAAUGAUACAUUUUAAGUAUUAGGAUUUGCAAUAUCGGAAAUGAAACUUUCAACCAUAUGAGUGUGAUUUUUAAACUCAAAUCUCUCUUUAUCAUCUAUACCUAACAAAAAAAGCACACGCGCUUCUCUUUUUCACAAAAAAAAUCGAAAAAAAAAACAGAAAAUUGUGGUUUAUUUGGACUGACCGAGGAAAAAAGAAAUAAUAAGUUUAAAUUUGGGUUCGGACUGUUUUUCAAGCUCUAUUGAUGUACAUCCUACGGAAAAUCAGUCAUUUUCAUUUAGAUCAAACGAAAGAGAGUAGAAAGUUGAGUUUCAGGCAGCCUGCAGGAAGAGGACAACGUGCUGUGGUGGUGCUCGGAAUGCGCCCAAGCGUGCCCAGACCGUCUGGCGGUUCUGUCCCAGCGCUCUCUCGUAGUUUCGAAGCAGAAGGCUCCAUCCGGAAUCGCCGCAGGGUGGUUCCAGAUGUCCAGCGGCGGCUCUUUCUCUGGAAAAUGCACCUUUUCCGAGUCGGUAAGAACUCUUUCUUCAACACUUUGUCUUUGCAAAAUGAAUUUUUUUUCCCUUGAAUUUCACGGUUAGUUAGUUCUUUCUUCUUUUUAACUACAAACACAUACUUCUAAUUCUUUAAAAUAAAUUCAAUUUUUAUGAGUUUUCGCUGGACGAAUGGUUCGCAUUUGAACCGCAAAUAAGGUUAGGUUCUCUAGUUUUGAUUCACGGAGUCGAAAGUCACACGUGUGCCUCGAAAUUAAUGGGCGCGGCUCCGACAGCAGCUGCAAAGGUGUAAGCGACCGCCCCGUCGCUGUUUUGCCGCACCGCAGUUUUCCGUCGAAAUGUCCCUUUUCUUAGUUUCUUUGGAUGCCUCGCGUACCUGGAUACAGCUGUUAUCGAGCUAGUUCUCUUGAAUUUAGCGUCCAUUAGUUAGCAAAACAAUUAAAAAGCUCCUUUGUUUUCAACUAUUUUUCUCCACAUGGUCUUUUUUGGAAAAAAAAAAAUUACCGUAUCUCUUGAAAGUUUCAUUUCACUACCUGCAUAUCACUUCGCUGGAAUUAUUAUUUUUUUCAUCAUCCUUUUUCCUAAACUGUUUCUAUAGAUGAUGAUGCAAUAAAAGAUUGGGAGAUAAACUGAUAAAAGUCAGAUGAAAAUAUAACUUGAUGAAAUCUAUAAAAUGUUUGGAUUAAGUUUCAGUUUGUGCUCAUUUUAAACUGGUUAGAAUACUUGAAAUCAAAUCGUGUCUCGAAUUAAUUGAAAAGUUGUUCUAAUCGAAUUUGGAGAAUUCUUCGUAGAACUAAUGAGAAAUCUGCUUUUUUAUUUCAGGAUUUUUGCUAUUGAGAAUCAGAUUUACACUGCUAAUUUGUCACAAAAACUGCGUGUUUAAGGCUUUCUCUCUUGUUUUUGUCCACUAUUUUUCUCGUCCUUCUAGAAUCAUCGUCGCCAGUUUACUAGUUCACAAGCUGACAAUUAAAUUUUUCAACUGAGGGAAGCUUUUCCGUUUGUUCUUCUUUAAUGGCAUGAAAUGUAAAAGAAAAGCGUGAAAAAAUUGUCCACUUAUUUGUAACACGUUUUCUAAAUACUCAAGUGAAUCAAAUAUUCCAAGAAAGAGGGUUUCAGGCGAUGGAGCCUCCUGAAGGGUCGACGGACGCGCUGAGAAGUUUCUCGAAGACGUCGGUCCUGUUCGUCUCCAUCUCGUUCAUCAUUCUCAUGGUGAUAUCUCUCGCCUGGCUCGUCUUCUACUACGUCCAGCGAUUCCGCUACGCUCACGCCAAGGAUCGACUCCAGCGAAGGUUCCGCUUCGAUAAUAUAAUCUCCUGAGAAUGACCUCUCUAAAGAAUCUCGAACUAUUUUUCAAUGUUUUGUGUUUACUUGUAAAAGAUAAUCGAAUAGUGUUUUGGCAUCGGAGUUUCAGCUUUCAAUGCGGAGUACUGUGUACGUAGAAAGAUUGUAGUUAGGAGUUUAAGACUAUAUCUUAAAUCUAUAUCUAUAUCUAAAUCUUAGCUUACCAGGUUUCUUUUUUUCAAAUUUUGAUUCUGCUUUUGGGGUGGUCUUUUAAAACAAAAAAAAUAUUUGUAUUGGGUCUAUUUUUGGGGGUUUUUUUUUCAUAAAUAGUUCCCACCGAAAACAAAAAGUCCUUUUUUUGAGUUUUUGUGUAUCCUAUGUUUAAUAUUUAUCAUUACUCAAGAUCAGAGUAAAAUGUAUUUAAUCAGAGGGAAUUUUUAGGUUGUUCAACGCGGCUCGAAAAGCUUUGGCGCGGAUUCCGACGCGACCAGUGAAGACGGGGGACGAGGAACUGGAGACGGAUUGCGCCGUCUGUCUGGAUCCCUACCAGCUGCACGACAUCAUCAGAAUCCUGCCCUGCAAGUCGGUCUUUGAACGUCGAAAUAAUCAGAAUCUGUUCGAACAUCACGAUUUUUUUAGACUCUCUAGAAGUUUGAUUGUAACAGGAAACUCUUUCAGACACGCCUACCACAAGUCCUGUAUCGAUCCGUGGCUUCUGGAGCACCGUACCUGCCCCAUGUGCAAAGCCGACAUUCUCAAGUACUUUGGCUACCAGGUGAAUCUCCAAACGCGGAGCUGGGGACUUUUCCUUGCAGUACUACGAGGGUCACUGCUGUCGGGCUGCUGAAGAAGCCGCCGGUCGAGUGGAGCUGGGCGACCAUCGCGAGCACGACCGCGCCAUUCUUCCCGACGAAAUCGGUGCAGAUUUUGAUAGGCUUAACCGAAGCAGCGCUGUGUUACAAAGUGACAGCUCAAAAAACUUAAAAGUAAAAAAAAAGAAAGAAAUGAAAUCGAACGAAAAAAAAAGUCAUUUAAUUUUGGCAAUAUUUUUCCCUGAUGCAAAAUUUGAGAGCCAAAUUUAUGUCUUCAUCCCACCUUCUUGUUCUGAGAAUGCAAAUAAAAUGAAAAUCGAGCGGUGUAAAACUUCAAUCAAUUUGUAUAUUUUUGAAUGUGUUAUCCAUUUUUUUUUUCAGUCUCGCCGGACAUGACGUCAGGCUCUUCGGAUUCCAACGGCUUCUCAUUUGACCAUCCCUCGGAGCACGAGGCGACGUUCUCAUUCACGACUCCUGUCGCUCCUCAACUCGUUAGUUUAUUUGAACUUUCUGUUUCAUACGGAAGCCGACGAAAACAAGAGAGGUUGAGUGAAAAGUUGGAAAUCGAAAAAUGUGUCCUCACCAAUUGAUUGAUUAACGUUUACACGUAUCAAAUCAGGUGCUGAACUCCAACAACGCGAAAACGUUCUUGCCGUUGUCUGGCCGCGCGACUGCUGUAGGUUCGUCUCGCGAAGAAAUUCUUCCAGCUCCUACUUCCUUUAGUGCAAGAGGUACUCGUUUCUUUUUACUUCAUGGAGGCUAUCAUGAUAACAUCUUAAGGACAUCGACUGUCCACGGCCAACUCGACAUCUUCGCAAACUGACGUCAGCAUCUCGACGGCCGGUUCUCAGCGGCCGCGCUCCUCCACUGGCAGUUCUACAGGAAAUGGCCAGAUUGUCAAUCUCGUACAGGUUAGAAUCAUUUAAACUCAAUCGAAUCAAAAUUAUUAUUUUCACCCGCCAAGGAUGCUAUGAUAUUGGGAACAGAAAAUUUUUGGAUUAAAAAAAUUUAUUCUCUCUAUUUUUUUCUGAAAUAGGACAUCAAGUAAUGUUUACUUGCACAACUAGAGGAUUAAAAUUUUUUUAAAUUACUGUGUCAUUGGUUUUCAAAUUCAACUAUUUUUCCUUUUUAGAAGACUUAUUUAAUUAAAGAAGUUAGUGGAUCGAUAAUCGCAAAAUUUUUCAUUAUCGCUUUAUUCUAAAAAAAUUUAUUACAACUUAAAAAAAGUGAAGUAGCGUUUUUUUGUAGUUGUGAGGCGUGCGGUCGCAUGACUUUUUUUCAAAGGUUUUUUUCAAGAUUUGUCUCAUUUGAAUGUAUUUCUCAACUUGAUGACAAUAAAAUAGAUUUUUUUCUUUUUUUGACUUCAAAAGAAUGAUAGAAAUUGGCCUCAACAUACUUAUUCUUAUUUUUUUGUGUAGAAAUGAAGUCUUUUUCCCAUUGAUUUUUUUAUUUAUUAAUAAUGUGAGUGACUUCAACAAAACGCUUGAUCACAAGGAAAAUGGGAACUGUUUUGAAGGUGAAAACGCGCGCCGCUUCUUCGACGCGAGCAGCAACUAUCCGGAAAGAAUCGCCGCCGCCUCAGCCAACGCCAAUCGACGCGGUCGUCGUGUCCAAGAUGCCGUCGCCGCCUUCAACUGCCGCCACAAGCCUAAGCCUUUGA